GGGCUACAACACGAAUUCCUCCCAGAAUUUCAGAUUUAACGAAAAGAACUUUUUGUAAUAAUACAACGCAGGAGAGAGAGAGAGCUGUUGCGACAGAGCGAAGAAACCCACGGGCCAUCAGCUGCGACUUGCCACUUCGCUACACAACAAUUCGAUUCAUCGUCCAGUUCGCAUCCCCCAAUCGAAGGCUUAUCAUAAUCACCGACCUGUUUCCUACGAUCCCUCAAGUCCUCCUAUCGCGCGCCGUUCCAGAUAUCGACCUCGGAGCCUAGAUUGAUCCACGCGCCACGACCUUUUCGAUCCUCUACGCCACUCACUGCCUGCUGCAAUCAAGAAAUCACGCUGGCUGGGUUCCCCGAGCUGCGCAGGUCGCUUCAUCUACCGCAUUUCGCUUAUUCCAGACCGAACGACGAUACGCUCGCUCUCCCUCGAUCAUUGUCCCUUGUCGCUUUCCAGCGCUCUUAAUCCACCGCUGUCAUGGCCGUCACCAACAUCCAGGACCGAACCUCAGAGUUCAAGUCCAUAUUAGCCCAGGCGCAAAGACGACAGGCCCAGUCCAAGGUCGGCUCGCAACGGCGCUCCCUCCUCACCGACGCACAGAAGGCCGAUGCAGAUGGCGCCCGUCAACCCCGACGAUCCGACUUUGCGCGCAGGGCCGCUGACAUAGGCCGGGGCAUCUCGGCGACUAUGGGCAAGCUGGAGAAGCUGGCGCAGCUGGCCCGCCGCAAGACCCUCUUCGACAACCCCGUCGAGAUCAACGAACUCACCUUCGUCAUCAAGCAGGACCUGUCGGGCCUGAACCAGCAGAUCGCCGGCCUGCAGGACGUCGUCAAGUCGUCGCAGCAGGGCGGGCAGCGGGGACAAGAGUCGGAACACAACAAGAACGUCGUGUUGCUGCUGCAGGGAAAGCUGACGGACGUCUCAGCCUCGUUCCGCGAGACCCUCGAGCUGAGGACCAAGACCAUACAGGCCAGCCGGUCGCGGCAGGAGAACUUCCUCAGCUCCGUAUCCACAUCCGCAGCGAUGCCCAUACAGCAGUCCGCGAGCCCGUUGUACGGCACACCCAAGACGGGCACACCCGUGCCCGGCGGUGAUACGCUCUCGCUGAACCCGAUACCGAGUGACCAGCAGCUAUUGAUGAUGGAGGAGGCCCAACCCCAGAAUGCCUACAUACAACAGAGAGGAGAGGCCAUCGAGGCCAUCGAGAAGACAAUCACGGAGCUGGGCAGUAUCUUUGGACAGCUGGCAACAAUGGUGUCAGAACAGACUGAGAUGAUUGAGCGGAUAGAUGCGAACACGGAGGACGUGGUGGACAAUGUGUCGGGUGCCCAGAGGGAAUUACUAAAGUACUGGGGCAGCGUCUCCUCGAAUAGGUGGCUAAUUGCCAAGAUGUUCGGCGUCAUGAUGAUAUUCUUCCUGCUCUGGGUUUUGAUCGCUGGUUAGACGGGGCAUGGUGGUAAAUCAAAAUUUUCAGAAUCUUUUUAUUCUUGUAACAAUAUGACAGUCUUGCCUUGGCGGCCAGAGCAGACUCAGCACUGGCUACUAUAAAGGGGUUUGGAAAAAAAGACUUUACGGCCUACGAGAUAUAAUACGGCGUCCACAGAGAUCAUGAAUAGACGCACGGCAGUUUGUAGCUGCCUUUCUUCCUCC